AUGCGUCGUGUCAAAAUCUUUUCCGGUUCAUCGCACCCGGAGUUGACAGAGUCAAUAUGUGAACGUCUCGGUACCACUCUUGGGAAGUGCGACUUGCGGAAAUUCUCCAAUGGGGAGACUAGUGUGGACAUUGGUUGCUCCAUUCGAGAUCAAGAUGUGUUCAUUGUGCAGAGUGGGAGUCAGAAGGCAAACGACAGCAUCAUGGAACUUUUAAUUUUGAUCUCAGCUUGCAAGGGAGGCUCCGCCAAUAAGAUUACAGCUGUUAUGCCGUAUUUCCCGUACUCAAAGCAAUCAAAGAAGAAGUCCCAUCGAGGUGCUAUCACCGCGAGAAUGCUCGCAAAUCUUUUGACAGUGGCUGGCGUUGACCAUGUCAUUACCGUCGACUUACAUGCUUCUCAGAUGCAGGGUUUCUUUACGAAGCCCGUUGAUAACCUAUACGCGGAACCACUUCUUGCUAGAUGGAUUAGACACAACGUUCCUAAUUGGCGCGAGUCUGUCGUCGUCUCAAAGAACCCGGGGGGAACGAAGAGAGUGACACAGCUCGCGGAUGUUUUGAAGCUUAAUUUUGCAUUGAUCACAACCGAUCGAAGAAGGAUCAAUAGGGAUGGGUGGGCUAGUUCUAGGUUCCAAAGUCAUAGGCAUUCCCCCGCUGAAAGUGUCGAUGGUGAUGGGAAGGAGACCACUGGCGCAGUUGAUGGGGCUGGAUACGAUGAAACUAUUGGCAAUAGCAUCGACUUCGGAACGACUCCUAGAGCGUCGGCUCCUAUUGCGGGCCUUGGAAUCUCAACUGUUGCUACUAAUUCACCCUCCAUUGGAAGUACCGGAUUGUCGAAUGGGCACCAAAGCCGUGCCGAAGAUGAAGAGGAUGAUGAUGAAUAUGCAGAUGAUCAUGCUCACUCAGUCAUCUAUGGUCGUCUAAUUUCGGGCCAUAUUGUCGAUGAUGAUUAUCCUUCACCAUCUCCAUCAAUGGCAGCAUCCACUAGCCAUGGCGACGAGCAAAUGAUGUCCUCGAUUCAUUCACUUCCAUCUCUACACCCCGCCGACAAUGCAUUGGGCGGAUCAAUUGACGCAGAUAAUUCUGACGAUGAAGAUGAAGCUGAUCGAUUACCCGGCUCCGAGAAAAUGAUUACCCUUGUUGGUGAUGUUCGAAAUAGAACCGUUCUGAUCGUUGAUGACAUGAUCGAUCGCCCUGGUUCGUGGAUCGCUGCUGCCGAACACGUAAAAUUGCGGGGUGGUGCAAAGAAGGUCAUCUGUAUCGCGACCCAUGGCGUCUUUGGCGGCGAUUGCUUGAGGGAAAUGGAGGACUGUAGCUGCAUCGACCAGAUUGUUGUCACCAACAGCUUCCCUAUCCCAGAAGAGGAGAGGAGAGGUCUUAGAAAAUUGACCAUUAUCGAUUUAAGCCAACUUCUCAGCGAGGCUAUCAGGAGGAAUCACCAUGGCGAGAGCAUUUCCGCUCUAUUCCAACAUUUUGCGGACUAG